GCUAGGAUACUGGAGUCUUGACUGAUUCGAUGUUUAUCCAUGUUCGCACAUCAUGAAAAUUGUAUUUUUUUUUAUGUCUGGCUGGUAAAUGAACAGUUAUGGUAAAAUAGGUCAACUUGGCCUGUAAAUUGUGUAAAUAAUCUGGAUAGCUCUCAACAAAAAGGUACUUGCUGUAGAUGUAACAGUGGACGUUAAUGGCUGCAGCCGGACUCUACAAAUUAGAUGUGGGAGACAGUUACCCCGCCAAUUGUUUUCCCGUCCGACCAUUGUUUCAUCAACGAAAAAAAGGGGCUGGUCACUGGCUGGUUGCUCACAGAAAUGCAGUGGAACAUAAAUACAAAAAUACACGAACUAAGAAAUCAGAGGGAAACAGUUUUGCCUCAAACUCAAUUGUGUCUGAGUGCACACGGGUUGAAGAGUGUGGUGCAUCAGAUAUUCCUGGCUAUACAUUGGAUGCUCCUCUCCUGUUGUCAUUGCAUUGUGUGGACAAGCCAUCUGACCUGUGUUCUGUUGACAUCAGUGAGCAGAGAUUGAAUUUGAUCAAUACAGAAGAUUUCCUGGAUUUUGAGAAUGUUGCUUAUGUCAACGCAUCUGACAACAGUCUUACCAUAGAGCCUUUUGGUAAAUUCCCCUCCCUGAGGGAACUUGAGCUAUCAUUGAAUGGCCUCUGCAAUGUGACACUCAAUGCGGAAGAUUUCCCUCACCUGGAGGUGUUGGAUUUGUCUUACAACAAUCUGUCUGGUGAUGACAUCAUGUCCAUUGGUCUACUUCCCUGUCUGAAAGUCCUUCAUCUCACCGGGAAUCAACUUCAGUUUCUUCCUCCCAACCUGGCAGCCCCUCCCCAUGGCCCCUCACAACGCGCAAAGGAUAAUGGCAUGCGAUUUCAAACUCUUGAAGUGCUGAUGCUAGAUGACAAUAAGCUGUCUUCUGGUGUCUUCAGCAGCCUUGCCAACCUGAAAAGGCUACAGCAUUUAAACCUGCAAGGGAAUCGUAUCUCAGAGGUACCAGAGUUGUUGCCGAGGAACCUGCAACAGAAGGGAUAUCUGCAACACCAGCAGGUGUUUCACAAACAAAAUUGUGACGUACAGGACCUCAGGAAUCACCGUGUCUCUGAGGGGUUAGAAACUGAAUACAUGAAUGCCCUCUCCGGCGUUCCGAAACACCAGCAUGAACAUAUCAAGAACAGUUCAGAGGAUGACUGUGGUCAAUCCAAAAACUAUUCCCCCAUUCGCAUAUCCCUUGACACUGAGGAAUUUUCUGGAGCAUACGGUUUGCCACUACCAGAGCUUUGUUUCCUCAAUCUMGCUGACAAUAAGAUUGUUGAGGAAGAAGCACUGUUGUCUGUGGCCCUGUUUCCUAUGCUCAGUGAGAUUGUUAUUCACUCCAACCCACUGACCACACAGAGAAGUGGUGACCCACCACUUCUGACAUACUUUCUCCAGGAAAGGUUGGGUAUUAGAAUUAGGCGCAAGAAGACAUCAGAAGUUGUGAAGCCCCCUUUGAUAUUAUGUAUUGACUCAAAACGAAAGGUAAAAACCAAAAUCCCAAAGGUAACAAAGGUGUCUUUAUUGAUUCUCCUUGAAGCACCUUGUAGUCCUGUCUUACAUGAUCCUGGCUCUCUGGAGGAGAAGCAUGUUGAAGAUCACUGUACGAAUCCUCUCUCAGUAGAGAGAAAGUCAACAGAAAAGUCUGGCUGUUCCUCACACGCAAUGGAUGAGGAAAAUAAACAGGAAUCCAUGGGAACUGCUCAUAGAGUCGAGGCAAUAGAGGAGGCAAUAGAAUCAUCAGAUGAUACCUUCCAAAAUGGAGAGUCAUUCUUUGUGACACAGGUGACAGAUUUACAUGAUGAAUCUGAAUACCAUCUGCUAUCUGACGAGACAGAAGAAGUCAAAGAGAUUGAGGAGAAAAAUGAGUCAAAUGCAAUUCCAGGAAAAUUCAGAGGCUUUGAAUUGCUAUUGGAUGCCAAACCAGAUCCAGACAUAGUGGAGCCUGUUGGACUACAACAUACUGUGAGAAUGUUGGAACAAAAACUCAAGAAUCUCCUAGUUUACAGAGAUUCCAAACCUAACCUUGAUUGCCUGCAGAAGCCAUAUGAAGAGAAGGAGAAAAGGAUUGGAAAUCUACCAUCUCUGAGACCAAGAAAGCAGAGAGGAGAAAGAGUUGAAGAGAUGCUCAUACAAAUAAACGAGAGGAAAACAAUCAGCGAAAUCCCUCUAACUAACGUCUUAGAAGGCAAGGGCGUCUUCAAGGAUGAGUAUGAAGAGGCUUUGACUUUGCUGAGGGAUAUGAAGAAAAGGUACAAGAUGGUUCACAUGAAGGCAGUGGAGCAAGCAACACGUAUUGAGUAUGAGAGGACCACCAACCACAAGUAGAGAUUCACAAACUCUGUUACUUUCAUGAAACAUGAACAUUAAACAGUCAACCAAACACUCGUCUUCCAAGUAAUUUAGGUGAAGAGAAUGAUCAGCUACAAAUUCUUUCUGGGCUGAAGGGAAAACGUUCUUAUUGAGUUUAUUUAGCCCAUCUAUGACAACUGGUAUGUAUAACAUUGUCAUCAUGCAUUUGUUUGUCUGUUUCAUUAUUAAAUAGCUCUGUUUCAACUUUAUUCAACCUUGACAAGAAGGUGACAGUGGAUCUUGCAAAUGGAGGCCGCUGUCACCCAGGCUUAUGGCAGAGUUUUGUAUUUCAGUGGGGUAUCAAUCAAAUCUGUUUMAAUAAAUUAGUUGGUAAAACAGUCUAACAAGGUGCCAAUGUGAUAUGGGGUGUCGUGUCAUCACUUCAACUUUGUGU